AUGGACUUAUCUUUCGGUCAUAUAAAAGAUAAAAUAAUUGUUGUAUAUCUUGAUGACUUAACUAUCUUCUUGAAGAGGGGAAAGCAUCACCUUAGAGACUUGAGGCAGGGUUUUCAAAGGUGUCAGGAACAUGGAGUGUCAUUGAACCUAAAGAAGUCAGUGUUUGGAGUUACAGAGGGUAAAUUACUUGGCCACAUCAUCUCUAAAGAAGUUAGAGUGCAUCCUGAGAGAGUAAAAGCAAUUCAACAGUUAAGUUUACCAUCAAACAGAAAUGCAGUCAAGCCUUUCUUUGGGCAGGUAAAUUUUUUGAGGAGAUUUGUUCCAGAUUUUGCAGAAAUCACAAGGUACAUUGUACAUGUGAUGAGUGAAAAGAAACUAUUCAAAUGGAAUGAAGAGGGAAAGAAAGAAUUUGAAUCAAUAAAGCAAGCUAUUGCUCAAGCACCUAUUCUUGUUAAUCUAGAUUUUAAGAAAGAUUUUAUCAUCUAUUAUUAUGCCUCGGAACAUACCAUGUUAGGGAUUUUGUUACAAAAGAAUGAAGUGACUGAGGAGUUUUCCUUAGUCUUAUUUGUUGGACUUCAAGAUUCCUGUUUUGUAGUUGUUGCAUUUUACUUAACUUAUGGGGAUUGUCCAGAGCAUCCCUCUCCAAGAGAAAAAAUGGAAUCUGAGAUUAAAGACUGCCAAAUAUCUAUUCCAGUGCGCAAGACAACUUCUGAGGUUGUUUGUAGUUUUCUUAAAGAAAAUAUUCUGGUUCGAUUUGGAGUUCCUCAGAAAAUUGUGGCUGAUAAUGCAACCAACUUAUUUUCUGCUAAGAUUUCAUUAUUUUUUUAUGAUAAUGCGAUAUCUCUUGCUCACUCGUCAGAUUAUUAUCCUCAGGGUAAUGUCCAGGUGGAGUCAAGUAAUAAAACUUUGAUAAAUAUUAUGAAGAAGUUAGUGAGUGAAAAUUUCAAAGAUUGGCACAAAAGAUUGCAUGAAACUCUUCGGGAAGAUCACACAUCUCCAAAAAGAACUAUAGGGAUGUCACCUUUUGAAAUAGUGUAUGGAAUGGGGGCUCAAGUGUCACUUCCCUUAGAACUUGUAGCUUCAAAGUUACAGACUGUUAUUCAAGAUGUAUAUUUUCAAGAUUCUCUGGAGAAGAGGAUUAUGCAUUGGAUGAGGAUUGAUGAAGAAAUGGAUAAAUUGGUUUGA